GCGCUGGCCAUGCCGUCCAGUGUGCGGGCCGGGAGCCUGAAGGACCCGGAGGUAGCUGAGCUCUUCUACAGAGAUGACCCUGAGAAGAUGUUCACCGACUUGCGGGAGAUCGGCCAUGGCAGCUUCGGAGCUGUCUACUUCGUAAGAAGGGGGGGGGGGGGGGGGGGGGGGGGGGGGUCACUUGGUGCUGCAUACAUUUUUACUAAACACUCCUAAAUAGUAUCCAGUACAGUAUUUGGGACAUAGUAAACACUUGUAGUAUGGGAAUUCAGGCACAGCUUCAGUGAUGGAUACAUGGGAACUGGGAAGAGAAAUGGAAUGGGUAUUGAAAGGGUGUUGAUAAGAUGAUGGGUGAAAUGCUAGGCUAGGUUAAAGACAAGUGAAGGAUGAAAGGUAGGAGGCGGGUAGGUACGGGUAAAAGGUCAAAAGGUAGCACAGGGCAAGAGAUAUCGGUGAAGGAUGAAAUGUCCUUUUAAAUAGAGGGUGAAAAAGUGGCUAGUGAAAGAGGUGAAGCUUUAGUUUGUCAAUUUGUGUGUGUGCGCUUGACGAUAUGUGUGCGGCCAGUGGCCCUUGUUAGCAUGAUUUAGAAAUUAGAAUAGGUUUGUGAAUAUCUUUUUUAUUUAUUUUUAACCCUUCCUUGUAUUCCUUACAUUAGGCACAUGACAUCCGCACCAAUGAAGUGGUGGCAAUUAAGAAAAUGUCCUACGGUGGCAAGCAGUCCAAUGAGGUAAGAACACAGGUCGAGCAAUGGUCAAAUGUUCCUCAGUUCACCACAUUUGACAUCUGUUGCAGUGGUGUAGGCCAUGUUUUUAAUGUUUUAAAGCGCCCUCUUUCUCUCUUAUGAAGAAAUGGCAGGAUAUCAUCAAAGAAGUAAAGUUUCUCCAGAAACUGCACCACCCCAACACCGUGGAGUACAGAGGUUGCUACCUGAGAGAGCACACAGCAUGGGUAAGUGUUGAAGCACUUCUUUAACUCCAACAUGGUACCCUAUUUGGGGCCCAUAGGGCUCUGGUCAAAAGUAGUGCACUAUAUAGGGAAUAUGGUGCCAUUUGGGACUGACACAUGGACUGAGGGUUGCUGACAAAUAAACUUUCACUCGUUGGUUAUUAAUGUUUUCAGUCAGCCCCUAUUCACUCCCUAUCCCUUCCCCUUGGCCCUAACCUUUUAGUGUUGGCAGAUCUGAAGGCUCUGGAUAGGUAUACACAGUGUAGUGAAGGAGCUUCCAUCAUAUUCCAUCCACCUUAGAAAUGCAAACGUUGAAGUGGCCAAUGGGAAGGUGUAGGGAAUACAUUUUGACCGGCUCUCCGUCACGUUGCCCCUCUGGCCGCUUUGCUCCGUAUGUUAACCUCCAUCUCUCUCUCUCCUUCAUUCUUUUAGCUGGUGAUGGAGUAUUGUUUGGGUUCGGCCUCCGACUUACUGGAAGGUGAGUAGAAAACCAGAUGGUUUAAGUUCAAGUUUUAUGUUCAAACAAGUACUUUAUGUAAUGUGAUGUUUUUACAUGGAGGGACACUGGGGUGGUGGAAGUAAACCAUGAUUGUGUUCAUUAGGCACGAAAUGGUAGAAAACGAACUGAAACGGGGAGGGACAACCUGGAGUUGUUGUCAAAUAAGAAAUGCUUAUUUUCGUUCUGUUGCAAAAUGUUUUCUGUUGUGUGCCCUAAUGAACACGACCAAGACUUCAAAGAAUGAGUGGAAUGAGUCCAUUUUGUCUCCCUCUGUGUGCGUAGUCCACAAGAAGCCCCUCCAGGAACAGGAGAUAGCAGCCAUCACCCACGGUGCAUUGCAGGGCCUGGUGUACCUUCAUUCUCACAACAUGAUUCACAGGUGAGUAAACCUCUCUCCUCCCCCACACGAUGGGACGGGAAGGGAAAAAAAGUGAAAGAGAGAAAGAAUGGAAUGUAAUCCAAACAUAAGCUCUCAUUGUUGAAGGGGAGGUGUGUGUCAUGGAUGUUUUAACCCUCUUUUUAACUUCUCUCCCUUUCUAUCUUGGUCUCUCUCUGUCUGUAUGUCUCAUUCUCUUUCUCUCUCCCUUUCUUUCAAUUUAUCUCUUGCUCUCUCUUUCCCUCCCUCUCUCGUUCCCUCCCUUCCCCGCUCUUUUUUUUUUCUCUCGCUCUCAUUCUCUCUCUACCCCACCUCACUCUCUUUCUAUCUCCCCCUCUCUUUCCAAUUAAAAAGGCUUUUUUGGCAUAGAAAGUGUUACCACAUACAUUGCCAAAGAAAACAUAUAAUAUUGACUUUAAAAAAAUAUAUAUAUAUAUAUGACUUAAUAUUAUAAGAAACAGAAUAUUCAAUAAAAAAUAAUGGUGUCUCUCCACCCCCUGCUCUCUCUCAGGGAUGUGAAGGCAGGUAACAUCUUGCUGACUGAGCCUGGCCAGGUGAAACUGGGUGAUUUUGGCUCUGCCUCCAUCAUUGCCCCGGCCAACUCGUUCGUGGGCACGCCCUACUGGUGAGACACUGGUCUCCUCUGUUGUUUCUAUGGACAUUAUUGUAAGAUUGCCAACUCUAUUGAUGACAAUAGGGAUAUGAUCCAGAAGUAGGACAAAAUACCAAGGUUGUGUCCCAGAUGGCACCCUAUUCCCUAUAUAGUGCCACUACCACAGAGGCCCUGGUCAGAAGUAGUGCACUAUAUAGGGAAUAGGGCGUCGGUCGGAUGGGGGGGCGUGGGGAUCCCCCCCCCCCCCCCCCUUAAAUAUAUACAGUUGAAGUCGGAAGUUUACAUACACUUAGGUUGGAGUCAUUAAAACUUGUUUUUCAACUUCUCCACAAAUUUCUUGUUAACAAACUAUAGUUUUGGCAAGUCGGUUAGGACAUCUACUUUGCAUGACACAAGUCAUUUUUCCAACAAUUGUUUACAGACAGAUUAUUUCACUUAUAAUUCACUGUAUCACAAUUCCAGUGGGUCAGAAGUUGACUGUGCCUUUAAACAGCUUGGAUAAUUCCAGAAAAUGAUGUCAUGGCUUUAGAAGCUUAUGGUAGGCUAAUUUACAUCAUUUGAGUCAAUUGGAGGUGUACCUGUGGAUGUAUUUCAAGGCCUACCUUCAAACUCAGUGCCUCUUCGCUUGACAUCAUGGGAAAAUCAAAAGAAAUCAGCCAAGACCUCAGAAAAAAAAUGGUAGACUUCCACAAGUCUGGUUCAUCCUUGGGAGCAAUUUCCAAACGCCUGAAGGUACCACGUUCAUCUGUACAAACAAUAGUAUGCAAGUAUAAACACCAUGGGACCACGCAGCCGUCAUACCGCUCAGGAAGGAGACGCGUUCUGUCUCCUAGAGAUGAAUGUACUUUGGUGCGAAAAGUGCAAAUCAAUCCCAGAACAACAGCAAAGGACCUUGUGAAGAUGCUGGAGGAAACAGGUACAAAAGUAUCUAUAUCCACAGUAAAACGAGUCCUAUAUCGACAUAACCUGAAAGGCCGCUCAGCAAGGAAGAAACCACUGCUCCAAAACCGCCAUAAAAAAGCCAGACUACGGUUUGCAACUGCACAUGGGAACAAAGAUUGUACUUUUUGGAGAAAUGUCCUCUGGUCUGAUAAAACAAAAAUAGAACUGUUUGGCAAUAAUGACCAUCAUUAUGUUUGGAGGAAAAAGUGGGUUGCUUGCUAGCCGAAGAACACCAUCCCAACCGUGAAGCACGGAUGUGGCAGCAUCAUGCUGUGGGGGUGCUUUACUGCAGGAGGGACUGGUGCACUUCACAAAAUAGAUGGCAUCAUGAGGAAGGAAAAUGUUGUGGAUAUAUUGAAGCAACAUCUCAAGACAUCAGUCAGGAAGUUAAAGCUUGGUCGCAAAUGGGUCUUCCAAAUGGACAAUGACCCCAAGCAUACUUCCAAAGUUGUGGCAAAAUGGCUUAAGCACAACAAAGUCAAGCUAUUGGAGUGGCCAUCACAAAGCCUUGACCUCAAUCCUAUAGAACAUUUGUGGGCAGAACUGAAAAAGUGUGUACGAGCAAGGAGGCCUACAAACCUGACUCAGUUACACCAGCUCUGUCAGGAGGAAUGGGCCAAAAUUCACCCAACUUAUUGUGGGAAGCUUGUGGAAGGCUACCCGAAAUGUUUGACCCAAGUUAAACCAUUUAAAGGCAAUGCUACCAAAUACUAAUUGAGUGUAUGUAAACUUCUGACCCACUGGGAAUGUGAUGGAAUAACUAAAAGCUGAAAUAAAUCAUUCUCUCUAAUAUUAUUCUGACAUUGCACAUUCUUAAAAUAAAGUGGUGAUCCUAACUGACCUUUUUAAAUGUAUUUGGCUAAGGUGUAUGUAAACUUACGACUUCAACUGUAUAUACACUACUGGUCAAAGGUUUUAGAACACAUACUCAUUCAAGGGUUUUUCUUUAUUUUUACUAUUUUCUACAUUGUAGAAUAAUAGUGAAGACAUCAAAACUAUGAAACAACACAUAUGGAAUCAUGUAGUAACCAAAAAAGUGUUAAACAAAUCAAAACAUAUUUUAUAUUUGCGAUUCUUCAAAGUAGCCACCCUUUGCCUUGAUGACAGCUUUGCACACUCUUGGCAUUCUCUCAACCAGCUUCACCUGGAAUGCUUUUCCAACAGUCUUGAAGGAGUUCCCACAUAUGCUAAGCAUUUGUUGGCUGCUUUUCCUUCACUCUGCAGUCCCACUCAUCCCAAACCAUCUCAAUUUGGUUGAGGUCGGGAGAUUGUGGAGGCCAGGUCAUCUGAUGCAGCACGCCAUCACUCUCCUUCUUAGCCCAUAUAUUUUGUUGUAAUGUUUCAGUCACUCAAAUAUCACAUGAACACACAUUAGACAUGGCAAAAUAUAUAGAAUUAUAAGAAAAUUAGCUUUACAACUGCAACAUUUUCUCUGCACCCCAUGACAAAAUGUGUAGAAUUGCAGGAAAUAAGCUUUAAACCCGCAAAAUGUUCUCUUCACCAGAGGGAUGUGAACAGUUUGUGUCAAGAACAGUUCUUGUUAUCAUAGAAAUAGACAUGGCGUGCAGGGGGGUGCGGUAUGUUCCCCAAUGCUGGAAAGGGGGUUUGAGUGAAAAAAAUGUGGGAACCCCAUGGUAUAGGAUGCGUUCACAAAUUGCACUCUAUUCCCUAUAUAGUGCACUACUUUCUACCAGUGCCCAUAGGGCUCUGGUCAAAAGUAGACCACUAUGUUGGGAAUAAGGUGCCAUUUGGGAUACAGAAAUAGUUGUCUCACACUGGCUCCGAUGUGUUUUACCUCCGUACAGGAUGGCACCUGAGGUGAUCCUGGCCAUGGACGAGGGCCAGUACGACGGCAAGGUAGAUGUGUGGUCACUGGGCAUUACCGCCAUAGAGCUGGGUAAGCUAAGCACAGCCCAUAUAAUACACAUGUUCACAUGCAUACAAGCUUUUAAGGUGUAUGUAUGCCUAGUCUGAUAUAAAAAAAAAUUCCUCACUACUAUUAGUUUUCUUGCCAAUACUUUAUCUGUGCUUGAUUGAGCUUGCCUGGCACAAUGGAACAAAUUGCGUAGUCCAUGAAGUGCGAAACCCAGACUUUUGGCACUUUGAGCGUUUGAUUGUGUUUGCCCAAAGUAUUUAUGUAAAAUACCGUCUCAUAGUUGUUUUAACUGGGUUUUCUGUGUGAUCGGUCCAGAGGGGUUCCAAUUUAUGCGGUAGCGAGGUGUGGUGUAAACAGAGGAAGAGUCAGCUUUUUAUGUUGCAAAACUCUAAACGAUAUACACUAAAUAUACAAAAGUAUGUGGACACCCCUUCAAAUUUGGCUAUUUGUAAAAAAUCGAGCACACCGCCAUGCAAUCUCCAUAGACAAAUAUUGUCAGUAGAAUGGCUGACUAGCUCAGUGACUUUCAACAUGGCAUGUCAUAGGAUUAAAAAUAAAAUAAAAAAUAAAAUAAAAAUUGGAUGACACCUUUCUAACAAGUCAGUUCGUCAAGUUUGUGCCAUGCUAGAGCUGCCCCGGUCAACGGUAAGUGCUGUUAUUCUGAAGUGGAAACGUCUAGGAGCAACAACGGCUCAGCCGCGAAGUGGUAGGCCACACAAGGUCACAGAACAUGACCGCAGAGUGCUGAAGCGCGUAAAAAUUAUCUGUCCUCGGUUGCAACACUCACUACCGAGUUCCAAACUGCCUCUGGAAGCAACGUCAGCACAAUAACUGUUCGUGGGGAGCUUCAUGAAAUGGGAUUCAAUGGCCGAGCAGCCGCACACAAGCCUACGAUCACUAUGUGCAAUGCCAAGCGUCGGCUGGAGUGGUGUAAAGCUCGCCGCAAUUGGACUCUGGAGCAGUGGAAAUGCGUUCUCUUGAGUGAUGAAUCAUGCUUCACCAUCUGGCAGUCCGACGGACAAAUCUGGGUUUGGCGGAUGCCAGGAGAACGCUACCUGCCCCAAUGCAUAGUGCCAACUGUAAAGUGUGGUGGAUGAGGAAUAAUGGUCUGGGGCUGUUAUUCAUGGUUCGGGCUAGGCCCCUUACAAUUACAUUCUAGACGUUUCUGUGCUUCCAACUUUGUGGCAACAGUUUGGGAAGGCCCUUUCCUGUUCCAGCAUGACAAUGCCCCCGUGCACAAAGCGAGGUCCAUACAGAAAUUGUUUGUCGAGAUUGGUGUGGAAGAACUUGACUGGCCUGCACAGAGCCCUGACCUCAACCCCAUCGAACUCCUUUGGGAGUAAUUGGAAUGUCGACUGCGAGCCAGGCCAAAUCGCCCAACAUCAGUGCCCGACCUCACUUAUGCUCUUGUGGCUGAAUGGAAGCAAGUCCCCGCAGCGAUGUUCCAACAUCUAGUGGAAAGCCUUCCUAGAAGAGUGGAGGCUGUUAUAGCAGCAAGGGGGGGACCAACUCCAUAUUAAUGCCCAUGAUUUUAGAAUGAGAUGUUCGACGAGCAGGUGUUCACAUUCUUUUGGUCAUGUAGUGUAUUUAAUGUUCACAGAAUGGCACUCGGCCGGUUCAAGAAAGGAGAAACAAAAUCCAAGCCCGGUUCAGAGCACUUCACUUACAAACUAAAGAUCCUUUCGAUAAUCACCAAAUUAAAUAGUAUCUUUUGUGGCGUAACUUGGCUUUGGCCCGCAGCUAUGGGAAUCACUCACGCAAGUUCUUCCUCUUUUAAGCUGUUUGUCUUUCUCUCAAUGUCCUCUUCUGUCCUUUUAUCCUCUCUUCGUUCUAUAUUUCUCCUCAUUUCUUUGUCCGUUCCUUUCUCCCCCCGCGUCUCUAUUGUUCUCCUCUUUCUCGUGCGUAAUUGCCCCGUCCCUUCACCUGCGCCGGUAAUAAAGGGUGUGACGUCGGCGGGGAAUCCCGGAGUGGCCCCGCCCUUCUGACUCCCCUUGGCCCCCACACCUCUGGAUGGUUCAAACACCCCCGUCCUCAGAAUCAACCCAGCAGGUCGAGCACCAGCCGCUACGAGGGCGUCGCGGCAGGAUAGUGCGUCUGCGUUUCUGUGAUUGACCCAGGAUCUGUGGAUGAUAGAGAAGUUAAAGGUUGCAACCUGAAGAACCAUCUAGUUACCCUACUGUUAUUCUCUUUUUUUUUCUCGCCAUCCAGGUGAGUGGUGCAUGAUCAGUCACAAGAGUGAAUUUUCUUCCUAAUAGAUAUCUAAGAUAGUUGAGUGCCCAUUUUAUAGCCAGCCCCUCUUGUUCAACCGUGGCAUAUUUAUUUUCCCUCUCUGAGCUUACGGCUGAUUUAGGCUAUGGGGUGUUCGCCCUCUCCCGACAUCAGAGGCGUCCAUCUGUACAAUGAAGUCUCUGUCAAAGUCUGCCAAUAGCCUUUCGUGAGAUCUAGGGUAGUUAUGUAGCUCGCCUUUCCCAAUCGCUCUAUCAGCUCAUCUACCCUGGGCAUUGGGUAUGCGUCAAAUUUGGAGAUGUCCUUCAGGCCUCGGAAGUCGUUACAGAAUCUCACCGUUCCGUCUGGCUUCGGAACGAGAACUAUCGGACUUGACCAGGCACUGUGAGACGCAUCGAUAACUUCCCAACCCAGCAUCUCUCUCACCCCCUCUCUGACUAUUUUUCGUCGCGUAGCAGGGAUUCUGUAAGCCCUUAAGUUCACUCUCUUGCCUGGCUCUGUGUAUAUAUGAUGCUGGAUGAGAUCUAUAUUCCCUGGGAGGGCUGAGAAUACCUCCCGGUGUCGGUCCACUAGGGCCCGUAGGUCCUGCUCUUGCUGGUGCGUCAGCGACUUCCCCACCUGCACCUCUAGCGGGGAUUGAUCUUGUUGGGCUGUGGGAAGGGAGCAGAAUAUAACAUCUCCAUUUCUCUCGUGGUACUCCCUUCAUAAGGUUGAUGUGGUAUAGCUGUUCAGGUUUUCUACUACCUGGCUGCCUAACUCUGUAGUUUACAGGGGAUACUUUUGCUAUUACUUCGUACGGACCCCUCCAUUGCGCUAAGAACCUGUGUUCAGAUGUCAGAAUUAAAAGGAGUACCUUAUCUCCUACAUUAAAAAUUCAGGUCUGGGCAGUCCUGUUGUAGGCUGGCUGUUGCGCUUGCUGCUCGCUCUCAAUGUGUUCCUUCUCUAUUGGCCACACUGCGGCCAUCCGUUCUCGCAUUAGGGCGGCAUGUUCAGUCAGAGUUCUGUGGGGACACAGCUGGGCUUCCCAUGCCUCCUUGGUGAGGUCUAGGAUCCCUCGGCACGGCCUCCCAUAUAACAGUUUGAACGGGGAGAAGCACGUUGACGACUGGGGCAUCUCCCUAAGAGCAAAUAGCAAGUGAGGUAAUAACAUGUCUCAGUUCCUCCCGUCCUGUUCCACAACUUUUUUUAGCAUAGACUUUACUGUUUUAUUCAAGCGUUUGCAUAAACCAUCUGAGGAUGAUAUACGCUCGUGCGUAUCUGUUUAACCUGGUACAAGGCACACAAGUCUUUCGUUAUGCGGGACAUAAACGGGUCCCCUGGUCGGUCUAAAUAGAGGAGAGUAGGCUGACUCUGGAAAACAUCUAACUCUUUAGCAAUACCUUUAGUGGAUAAAUUACGCUUGGGAAUGGCUUCAGGGUAGAGUGUGGCAUAAUCGAUUACCACCUGUAUAUAUUCGUGCCCCCGGACUGAUUUGUGAAUAGGACCCACCAGAUCAUAGCUAUCCGCUCUAAGGGCGUUUCAACGAUGGGGAGGGGUAUGAGCGGAUUUCUGUUAUUGACUUUGGGGACAUUCUUUUGGUACUGUUCACAUGACUUACAGUACUUCUCUACAUCACUUGUAAUGUGGGGCCAGUAGAAUCUACUCAUGAUGCGCUCCUUAGUUUUGUCUACUGCCAAGUGGCCUCCCAACACAUGUGAAUGCGCCAGGUAAAGUACCGUGUCUCUAUAUGCUCUAGGCACCAUUAAGAGCUCUAGCAAUUCUGUCCAUCACCAGUGUUUCGAUGACUGCCCUGGAUCCUUUUUCUAUUUCAAGCCAACCGCUGGUCAGCCGUAUUAGUUGGUAUAUUUGGGCUCUCACUGACUCGUUGCUAUCGAAGGUCCACGCGUGGAAACUCUUGGCCUGUGCCCGUGGAUUCAGACAGUAACGGGAUAAGAUUUCGGCCUUUAAUUUCUUUUAGUCCACUGCUUCUGCAGAAUCCAGGUCGAAAUAUGCAGCCUGCGCACGCCCGGACAGAAAGGGGGCUUGCAUCCCUGCCCACCGCUCCGGGGCCCAUAGUUCUCUUACUGCUGACCUCUCGAAUGAAAGCAGAUAGACCUCAUUGUCAUCCUGUUCUUGUAGCCUAGGUAUAUGGGUCCUCACUCCAGGCUUACUGUCCUCCCUGCCUGAGCCAAUCUGGCCACUUAAAUUCUCAAGAGGUCUGUGCUUUCCUUUUGCGCAAUGGCGCACGUAGCCAACUGUUUUAACAAUGCGGCGUCCAUCCUUAAUAUAACAUAGUAACUCUGUCACCACUUCUAGUGCCCGCAUUCUCCACCACUGUGAUCAGUCCAGAGGGGUUCUGAUCUAUACAGUAGCGAGGGGUGGUGUAAACCGAGGAAGUCUGCUUUUAAAGUUGCAAAAUCAAAAUUAUAUAUUUAAUGUUCACGGAAUGGCACUCCUUAUUUCUUUGUCCGUUCCUUCCCCCCCAUAUCUCCAUUGUUGUCCUCUAUUUCUUGUGCGUAAUUGCCCCCGUCCCUUCACCUAUGCCGGUAAUAAGGGGUUUGUUCAGGGAAUCCUGUAAUGUCGGCGGGGAUUCCCGGAGUGGCCCCGCCCCUCUGAAUGGUGCACACCUGUAUUUUAUGUUACAAAUCUGGCCUAGAGUGUGUUUUGAUGUUUUAUGUCUCCUGAACUUUGUCUCUGUCUCUCUCUCUAUGCAGCGGAGAGGAAGCCGCCUCUGUUCAACAUGAAUGCUAUGAGUGCCUUAUACCACAUCGCCCAGAACGAGAGUCCCGUUCUGCAGUCCAAUCACUGGUGAGCAACUGACUGAGCACAGAGGAGGGUCUUGUGCCCUCUUUUUGUUUGGUGUCAAUGUACUUUCUGGGUAGCCUGGUCCCAGAUCUGUUUGUGCUGUAUGGCCUCCUCCUAUGACAAUGAUCUUAGGACUUGGCUAUGCAGCACAAACAGAUCUGUGACCAGGCUACUUUCUGAGGACAAUAUGAGCCAUUGGUGUACAUCAGGGGUGUCAUACAUACAGCCUGCUGGCAAAAUGAGUUUGACACUCCUGGUGUAGAUGAGUACCGUUUUAUAGUGUGACUGUGAAUAGUUUUUCAUUGUUUGGUCUCAUUGUCCUUUCCAGGUCUGAUUAUUUCCAUAACUUUGUGGACUCGUGUCUGCAGAAGAUCCACCAGGACAGACCUACCUCUGACGUGCUGCUGAAGGUAAACGUUAUCUCUCGGUCUACGUUUCCUCUUUAAAAAUAAAGUAAUUCAAAGUUUAAGAAAGUCUGAAGAAGGCACUACACAAACAGGUGUGUAGUGCCUCAUGUAGAAACCAAGGAAUGGUCAUGAACUCUUUACCCAUUAAUAAUAUCAGAGGUGGCCAAAAGAGGUGCUGUGAUUCCUUAUUCUCAUAAUGACAAAGAAGCAUCUCUUCAAUGGCUCCAGUUUGAAGUGAACCUUAACUCGCCAACAGCUCCAAGUGGCACCAUCAGGUAGAAAUGACGUCCUUACAACCAGAAUUGGUUGAACGUUAUAAUCUGUCAUUGCAACCAGUUUUGCCCACUAGGCUAAUGGUUGAUACAUUAAACCAACAAAUAUGGCAUUGAUUGACAUGACGUCAUUACAACCAGAAACUAUGUGAAAUUAUGUAAUUCUAACAUCAUUCCGACCAGUUUUGCCUGCUGGAAUAACCUUAAAAUCCAUUCUCCCUUUCCCUCAGCACAAUUUCCUAUGCAGAGAGCGUCCCCACACGGUGGUGAUGGACCUGAUAGCUCGCACCAAAGACGCGGUGCGGGAGCUGGACAACCUGCAGUACCGCAAAAUGAAGAAGAUCCUUUUCCACGAGGCCCUCAACGGGCCCCAGCCCGAGGGAGGGGAGGAGGAGGAGGUAUGAGGAGGGAGGGAGGUGGUAAGGAGGGAGGGGACAGGGGGGGUGAUGAGGGAGGGGGGGGAGGUGGUAAGGGGGGGUGAUGAGGAAGAUGGUGGUAAGGAGGGAGGGGUGAAGGGGGGUGUAAUGAGGGAGAUGGUAGGGAGGGGAGAAGGGGGGGGUGAUGAGGGAGGUGGUGGUAAGGAGGUGGGGGUGAAGGGGGAGGGGAGGAGGUGGUAAGGAGGGGAGGGGGGGUGAUGAGGGAGGUGGUGGUAAGGAGGGUGGGAGGGGUGAAGGGGGGGGUGAAAGAGGUGGUGAUAAGGAGGGAGGGGUGAAGGGGGGUGUGAUGAGGAGAUGGUAAGGAGGGAGGGGAGAAGGGGGGGGGGGCAGGAGGAGGUGGUAAGCAGGUAGAGGGGGGUUGAUGAGGGCGGGAGGAGGUGGUAGAAAGAAGGGAGGAGGAGAGAAAUGGCAUAAAAAAAGGGAGGUAACAAGGGAGAGGGGGAGAAAGUGAACUUGGAGGAGAGGCGGUAGAGAGGGAUGAACAAGUGAGAGACUAUAGCGGUGGGGGAGAGAGAAAGCGGGGAGGACAUGGAGAUGUUACAUAGAGGGAGAAAAUGAGCUGGUAGUAGGGAGAGAGGAGGAGGAAGGAGGAGAGUAGUAACAGUUGGCCACUUAGCCAUGGAGCCGAGGAUGAUAUAGGACCAGAACCUAAAUAAAAAAGGAGGAUGAGUGGAGUGAGGAGGGGGAAGACACAGACUACAGAACGCACUGGUCUUAAUUUAGAGGAAGAGGAUUGGCAUUAGCAUCCAUCCUGUCUUUGCAUAGCAUACGUCACCACAGUAUAGUCCAACAUUGUGUGCGUCGACACAUUGAAUGACCUCUCAUCCCCAAUACUAAUAACUUUGAUCUCUUCAGGAGUUUUUAAACUUUGUUUCCAUUGAACAUGCCAUACAAAUAAAGGCAUUUUAAUUAAUUAUAUGAAGAGUGCCUUGGUCCUCCUUUCUUUUUGAUGACCCUUCAGGAUCUAAUUGUGUUCCCCCAGGGUCUUGCAUAGGAAACACAGGAGGGGGUGUGUGUGUGUGUGUGUGUGUACAUACAAGGUCUGUGUUUUGGUGUUGGUGUGUAUAGGUGUAUGUAGGCUAGCUAUGCAUUUGAGUGCGUAUGUGUGCGUAUGUCAUCACCACUUCUUCUAACCACCAUCCCUCUGCCUCUGUCUCCAGGACGUGGAGCAGUACAUGCUGCGGACGGGUACAGUCAACAGCAUGGAGAGCUCCCAUUCGCUGCCUUCCAUGUCCAUCAGCGCAAGCUCCCAGAGCAGCUCGGUCAACAGCCUGGCGGACGGUUCGGACGACAGCGGCGAGAUGGCCAUGAUGCAGGAGGGCGAGCAAACAGUCACCUCCAACAGCUCAGUCCUGCACAAGCCCCUGGUCAGUUGGGACUUACCUUUUAGACAUUAGUCACAGCAGUGUUUCCUUUAGACUAUUUUUCCCAAGGCGGGGGGCAUAAGAUAAGAACCCCCCCAAUUUGCCCAAAGCGUCACCCCAAGUCCUAUUUCACAAUUUUGUCACAGUAUGUGACAAAAUUGCUGUAUGCUGUAUGAGGGGGAUAAACGGUUACUACACUGAACAAAAAUAUAAACGCAACAUGUAAGGUGUCCAUCAGGACAAAAAACGUAUUUCUCUCAAAUUCAUUACACAGGUGCACCUUGUGCCGGGGACAAUAAAAGGCCACUCUAAAAUGUGCAGUUUUGUCACACAACCCAAUGCCACAGAUGUCUCAAGAUGAGGGAGCGUGCAAUUGGCAUGCUGACUGCAGGAAUGUCCACCAGAGCUGUUGAAUGUUAAUUUCUCUACUAUAAGCCGGCUUCAACGUCAUUUUAGAGAAUUUGGCAGUACGUCCAACUGGCCUCACAACUGCAGACAACGUGUAACCACGCCAGCCCAGGACCUCCACAUCCGGCUUCUUCACCAGCGGGAUCGUUUGAGACCAGCCACCUGGACAGCUAAUGAAACUGUGGGUUUGCGCAAUUAAAUAGGUUUUGCACAAACUGUCAGAAACCGUCUCAGGGAAGCUUAUUGCGUGCUCGUUGUCCUCACCAGGAUCUUGACCUGACUGCAGUUCGCUGCAUGAGGCAAAUGGUGGUCACACCAGAUACUGACUGGUUUUCUGAUCCACGCCCCUUUUUGUUGCUCUGAUUUUUUAAAAAACUGUAAAUUUAAGGUUUUACCUCAAUUUAGUUUACCACAGAAAUGGCUCACUAGUGGCUAACUAGUUACUAUUCCCCCACCCCCAGAUCGAUUCCACAAUGCAACAUAUGAUUUACACAGCAACGAUUUGUCUCUCUCUGUACUUCAGAGCCAUGACAACAUCUAUGACGACCCCUACCAGCCCGAGCUGGACGCCCAGCAGCAGCCCCCGUCGUCACGGGGUGAGGGAAGAGAAGGAGGCGGCGGCGGGGGAGGAAUUGGCAGGCGGAGGGGACACCGCAGCCGAGACCACUUUGCCACCAUCCGGACAGCAUCGCUGGUGACCCGGCAGAUCCAGGAGCACGAGCAGGGGUCGGCGCUGAGGGAGCAGAUGUCCGGGUAGGAGAGCUUUUAUGGAACGACCAAUACAAAGAGCCCGUUUGGAAUUAGAAGGCAAAGGAUUGGGUAGUCCAUAGAAAUCAAGAUAAGUACACUCCCCUCAAUAUGUAUUUGGACAGUGAAGCUAAAAUGUACAAUUUGGCUCUAUACUUCAGUAUUGUAGAUAUGCUGUACCGUCAUCUAAUAUGUAACAUUCUAUCUUCUUUUAUUUGAGUGUAUUUUCAUACAUAUCUGUUUUACCGUUUAGAAAUGAAAGCACUUUAUGUAUCUAGUCCCCCUCAUUUUGGAGAAGUGAUAAGUAUUUGGACAAAUUCCCUUAUAGUGUAUAAAAGUAGUCAAAAGUUUAGUAUUUGGUCCCAUAUUCCUUGCACGCAAUGACUCUACAAACUUGUUGGAUGCAUUUGCAGUUUGUUUUGGAUUAUGUUUUGCCCAAUAGGAACUAAAUGGUGAAUAAUGUCUUGUGCCAUUUUGGAAGAAUAGAAGAUGUUUCUGAACACUUCUACAUUCAUGUGGAUGUUACCAUGAUUAUGGGUAAACAUGAAUGAAUUGUGAAUAAUGCUGAGUGAGAAGGUUACAGAUGCACAAAGGUCAUUCCCCCCCAAAAUACUAACCUCAACUGUUAUUGGUAAUGGUGAGAGGUUAGCAUGUUUUGUUGUAGCCUCUGUAACCCCACUCACUCAUUAUUAUUCAUGAUUCAUUCAUGGUUUUUCUUAAUCAUGGCAUUAUCAGGAUUAAUUUAGAAGUGUUCAAAAACGUCUUAUCUACUCACUUUAAAAAAUAUUACUCCAGUUAUCAUUCACCAUUCAGUUAAUAUUGGGCAAAACAUAACCCAAAACACAACCAAAACAAACUGCAAAUUCAUCCAAUGUCACACGCUGGAUGUAGUUGUGUACAAGUAAUAUGGUACCAACUACAAAACAUUUGACUACUUUAAUACCCUAUAAGUGAAUUUGCCCAAAUACUUAUGACUUCUUCACAUGGGGGGACUAGAUAUAUAAAGUGCUUACAUUUCUGAACGGUACAGCGGAUACGUUUAAAUAUACUCUCAAAUAAACAUUCUGUACUGUCGCCACAUAUGAAACUUAAACAUUAAAAUUAAACAAUUUAGCUUCACUGUCCAAAUACAUAAUAAUAAUAAUAAUAAUAUGCCAUUUAGCAGACGCUUUUAUCCAAAGCGACUUAGUCAUGCGUGCAUACAUAUGGAGAGGAGUGUACUUGUAUAGUAUUAUUCAGAGGUACUCACUACUAGUGUUCUCACGAUACUCGAUACCAAAACAAUCCCCCAAGGCAAAAAAAUUAAGCGGAGAGCAGGACUGAUUUUUCUGGUUUAACCCAAAAUCCCACUUUUUAAAAAUAGAAAAACAACAAAAUUGAUGUUCUAAGUCCACAACAACGCUUAAACCACAUCGGGACCACUUUUGAGGUCUGGGAAAAAUCUUAAAGUUAGUUUUUUUUGUGUAGUUACCCUUUAAUUCAAUUGGCAUGCACUUAACACUUAUUUGGUUAGCAAUGUUUUAUGUAGCGCACUUGGAGUUUGCAAAACAAAUGGCCACUGAAUUGAUGCAAAUAAUCUUGAAUCUGACAGGUAGGCUACUUUGUUGUUAGCUUUUAAUUGAGAAGGAUUUUGGGAAAGGCUUUUCAUCUACCCGAAGACGGUUAUAGCUAACGGCUACAUAAAGUGGUAGACAUACGCGUACCGCACACACACAGACGGGUGCAUUCCCGUGCCGUUGCCUCUUCAGAAAGUUGCAGGGAAUAAGAAUCACUAAUGCAUUCUGUUCAUGUCUUAUGAUAAACUUGGGCAAAUGAAUACAUUCAAAGUUCAAUACAUUUAGUUUAUUUCCAAAUGUGAGACAUUUGAUAGAAUAACAAAGUAACAGAACCGUUUUUCGUUUAGUAUUGAAGAAGUACAGAAGUUUCGGUGUACCAUGCAACACUGUUUGCGACUUGAUCUAGCCACGCUGUGACGCACAAAAGUGGAUACCUAGCGGCCAUAACUGGUUGAAAUUAUUUGUAAAAAUCAUUACAACGAAAUGACAACAUUAGGGUUGUAAACUGGUUGUAUUGAUGUCAUUUCAACCAGCUUAACCCACUGGUAAUAAAUGUGCUAAAUACUAAUUUGUGGUUAGAAAGCAGUUAAUGGAACUAUAUAAAAACGACCGGCACAGUUGGCUGUACUGGUUGUUGUCAAGGGCUGCCUAGUUAUUGGUAAAAGAUCUGAUCUGAUUGGUCAAAAGACCAAUUAGUGGCAAAAUAUUAGAAUAGGCUGCUUAUGUAAAUGCCCAUUCCAGUUGGCUGUACUGGUUUUUGACAUACUUUUCUCGUGUCAAAUCCUCCUUUACCCCAUCCCAGGUAUAAGCGCAUGCGGCGGCAGCACCAGAAGCAGCUGAUGGGCCUGGAGAACAAGCUGAAGGCAGAGAUGGAUGAGCAUCAGCUGAGGCUGGACAAGGAGUUGGAGAACCAGAGGAACAGCUUUGGAGGGGAGGGGGACAAGCUGAGCAAGAAGCACCAGGCUAUCCUGGAGAAGGAGGUGAGGGAGGGAUUGAGGGAUGGGGAAGGAGGUAGGUGGGGACAUCCUCAGCAAAAAGCACCAGGCAAUCCUGGAGAAGGAGGUGAGGGAGGGAUGGAGGGAUAGGGAGGGAGGUAGGUGGGGACAUCCUCAGCAGAAAGCACCAGGCAAUCCUGGAGAAAGAGGAUUGUGAGGGGAUGGGGACAAACUGAGCAAGUAGCACCAAGCCAUCCUGGAGAAAGAAGUGAGGGAGGGAUAGGAAGGGAAGGAGGAGUUGGGAAGGUGGGGACAACCUUAGCAAGAAGCACCAGGUUGUAGAAAGAGGUAAAGGUGGGGGGGGGGGGGGGGGGGGGGGGGGUAGACAGGAAUGGAAUGAGAUGGAAGUAAACGUCAAAAGAAAAGAGGAGAGGGUAUUGGCCACGGCGACAGGGUGCGGCUAUCCCAGGAUCUCAAGGUACAUUUGUAGGCCAAAGUUUUAAGUAGAUAGUCAAGCUGAAUAGAAGGUCUAGAUUUUUGGGGUUUAGCUCUAUUCUUACCCAGCUUAUGGCCUUGUGUGGUUGGUUUUCAGACCAAGGCAGCCCUGGCUGAGGAGAAGAAGUUCCAGCAGCACAUCCUGGCCCAGCAGAAGAAGGAACUGACCAGCCUGCUGGAAUCCCAGAAACGCCAGUACCGCGCACGCAAGGAGCAGCUCAAAGAGGUACAACCAUACUGCAACUACACACCAACCAUACUGCAAUUACUCACCAACCAAUAAUCCAUCUACUAGGGCUGCAUGAAAUGACCAAAUAUCGCAAUUUGACAUGCGAUAUGGAUCAAAUCACUUGGAUAAACUGUCCAUAACACAUAUGGAAUCAUAUAGUAACCAAAAAAGUGUUAAACAAAUCAAAACAUAUUUUAUAUUUGCGAUUCUUCAAAGUAGCCACCCUUUGCCUUGAUGACAGCUUUGCACACUCUUGGUAUUCUCUCAACCAGCUUCAUGAGGAAUGCUUUUCCAACAGUCUUGAAGGAGUUCCCACAUAUGCUGAGCACUUGUUGGCAGCUUUUCCUUCACUCUGUGGUCCAACUCAUCCCAAACCAUCACAAUUGAGUUGAGGUCGGGUGAUUGUGGAGGCCAGGUCAUCUGAUGCAGCACUCCAUCACUCUCCUUGGUCAAAUAGCCCUUACACAGCCUGGAGGUGUGUUUUGGUUCAUUGUCAUGUUGAAAAACAAUUGAUAGUCCCACUAAGCGCAAACCAGUCCAACAUUUCAAAUUUGGACUAAUCAGACCAAAGGACAGAUUUCCACCGGUCUGAUGUCCAUUGCGCGUGUUUCUUGGCCCAAGCAAGUCUCUUCUUCUUAUUGGUGUCCUUUAGUAGUGUUUUCUUUGCAGCAAUUCGACCAUGAAUGCCUGAUUCACGCAGUCUCUUCUGGACAGUUGAUGUUGAGAUGUGUCUGUUAAUUGAACUCUGUGAAGCAUUUAUUUGGGCUGCAAUCUGAGGUGCAGCUAACUCUAAUGAACUUAUCCUCUGCAGCAGAGGUAACUCUGGGUCUUCCUUUCCUGUGGCGGUCCUCAUGAGAGCCAGUUUCAUCAUAGUGCUUGGUUUUUGCGACUGCACUUCAAGAAACUUGAAUUUUCCGUAUUGACUGACCUUCAUGUCUUAAAGUAAUGAUGGACUACAAAUUCUACAAAUUAACUUUUAACAAGGCACACCUGUUAAUUGAAAUGCAUUCCAGGUGACUACCUCAUGAAGCUGGUUGAGAGAAUGCCAAGAGAGUGCAAAGCUGUCAUCAAAGUGAAUGGUGGCUACUUUGAAGAAUCUCAAAUAUUAUUUGUUUAACACUUUUUUUUGGUUACUACAUGAUUCAAUAUGUGUUAUUUCAUAGUUUUGAUGUCUUCACUAUUAUUCUGCAAUGUAGAAAAUGAAAUAAAGAAAAACCCUUGAAUGAGUAGGUGUGUCCAAACUUUUGACUAGUACUGUAUAUACACAAAACUAAAUAAAUAAAUAUCACAACAUACUAUCCCUUCUCUCCCACACCCUCUCAUAUCCCUUGUUGGCCAAGAUUCUUACUCCUGAAAAAAAGGAAAUUUAAAGGCUGCCAUCUCAAGAAAAUGUUAUCAGGACAACCUCUGUGUAUUACAUUUUUUCGAGGUGUAGAAAAUACAGAUCUUUCAACCAGGCUGAUACAGUGGGAGGUUUGGAGGAUUUCCAAUUAAGCAAGAUCUGCUGGCGGGCUAUGAGGGACGCAAACGCUACAACAUCUGCUUUACUUUGAGUGAAACUAGGCAACAAAGAUGGAACUCCAAAUAUAGCUAUCAAAGGACAAGGUUGCAGGUCUAUAUCUAGAAUUUUAGAGAGAGUAUUAAAAAAGGAUGACCAAGACAGUUUAGAAAAUGAAUAAAACAUAUGGGUGUGGUCUGCCGGAUUGAUUGAACAUCUAUCACGUGUCAUUUGUGUCCGGGAGGAAUUUUCUUUGGUGUACUGAAUUCUGUGCAAGACCUUGAACUGAAUUAAACUUAACCGAGCACAUGAGGAUGUGGAGUUAACCCUAAGAAGGGCCUCCUCCCACCAGUCAUCUGUAAAUUCAAGUUCACUACUCCAGUCUGUCUUGAUUUUGUUUAUUGGAAAGAGAAAGCAUAAUGUCAUAUAAUCUAGAAAUCAGACCCUGCCAAAUCCACGGCAGGGACAAAAUCUCUUCUAGCAACAUCUUGGGAGGUAGUUGAGGAAAGGUAGGAAAAUGAGAGCGAACAAAGUUACGGGCUUGAAAAUAGUGGAAAAGAUUAGAAUGAGCCAGAUUACAUUUAGCUACGAGAUCAUUAAAACUGUCAAACUUCCCAUCUAAAAAUACAUAUUUGAAACAUACCAAAGCUCUCUUACGCCACAAAACAAAAGCCUGGUCGAGUUUGGAGGGUAAAAAUAGGUAGUUGUUACAAAUAGGGUUUAGAAGAGAAGGAGCAAAAAGUCUAAAAUGUUGACAACUGUCUCCAGAUCUUGAAAGUAGAGAGCACAAUGGGGUUUCCAGUAUACUUUGAAGGACACAAGGACAGUGGGGCACAAGAGCAGAAAUGGAGGAUGAUUGGCAGGAGUGUGCUUCUAAUGAGCACCAGUUGGUACUCGGAGCAUUACACCAGACCAUAAACUUUUGAAUAUUGGCUGCCCAACAGUAAAGCGCCAAUCCUCCAUCUUGUCUCCUUCUUUUAAGUAUUGCUCUACGUAUCCUAGGUGAUUUUCCUGCCCAGAUAAAAUGACUGAUGAGCCUAUCCAACUUGGUAAAAAUGAUUUCGGCAGAAAGAUCGGAAGACAUUGAAAAAGGUACAGAAACCUAGGUAAAAUUUUAAUUUUAACAGAUUGGAUUAUUCCAGCUAAGGAGAGAGGCAGACUAUCCCAGCGUUGUAUGUCUGCUUUAACUCGUGUGACUAGACUUGCAAAGUUAGUUUUAUGGAGGUUAGCCAGAGAAUGUGUUAUAUUCACACCUAAAUAGGAAAAAUCAGAGGGCGACAGACAAAGGCAGGGCUCCAGGGGGAAUUAGCUUGGCAGCGGGGUUGAUUGGAAAACAUUCACUUUUCUGAAUGUUCAAUUUGUAACCUAAGAAUGAUCCAAAUGUGUUUAAAAUAUGCAGUAUGUUAUCGACAGAGUUCACAGGGUUAGUGAUAUAUAAUAGUAGAUCAUCUGCAUACAGUGACACUUUGUGUUCUUCACCAGCUCUGUGAAUGAUCAUUUUAAGGCCAUGGAAAGCGGUUCUAGCGCAAGUGCAAAAAGGAGCGGGGACAUGAGACACCCUUGACUGGUCCCUCUGGAGAGGGGGAAGUAUUUUGAGAGUUGGUGUGUACGCUAGCCGUAGGAGCAGAAUAGAGCAUGAGAUGAAAUUGGACCCAAAACCAAAUCUUCCCAAAAUCGUAAAUAAAUAAUCCCACUCCACCCGGUCGAAAGCCUUCUCCGCAUCAAGAGAAACAACAAUUUUGGGGUCUGGAGAGACAGGAGGAGAGAGUAUGAUGUUCAAAAGACUGCGUACAUUGGAAAACAGUUGUCGCCCUUUGAUGAAACCUGUUUGAUCAUCAGAUAUGACAUCCUGAAGGCAGGGUUCCAAUCCGCAUGGUAGAACCUUAGCUAAUAGUUUAACAUCAGCGUUCAAAAGUGAAAUGGGCCAAUAUCCACCACAUUCUGCCAGAUCUUUAUCUUUCUUGAGUAUAAGUGAGAUGGAGGCUUGAGUUAGCGUCGGGGGGAGAGAGCCCUGUGAUAACAAGUCGGUGAACAUAUCUAAUAGUAAUGAGGUGAGUUGAUCUGACCAUUUUUUAUAAAAAUCGACAGGGAAGCCAUCAGGGCCUGGGGCCUUGCCACUUUGCAUUAACUUUAGACCCUUUGUUAUCUCAUCUAGAUGCAGAGGGUUAUCCAGAACUUUACUCAUGUCCAUAUCAAUGGAUGGAAUAUCCAAGUUUAUCUAAAAAGUAGUCCAUAGCCGUUUUAUCUGAUGGGGGUUCGGAUUUGUAGAGGUUAGAAUAAAAUGACACAAGUUGAAUUAAUAUUAGAGGGAUCACUUGUAAGACUAUGGGAAGAGUCAUAUACCUUAGAGAUGAGAUGCUGACUGGCGUUGUAAGUUGGCGUGCCAAAAGGCGGCUGGCCUUGUCACCAUAUUCGUAGUACGUCCCCUUUGUUCGUUGCAACAGAAACUCUGCUUUGUCAGUGGAAAGCAGAUUAAAUUGAGUUUGAAGUUUCAGCCUCUGCGUAUAAUUCAUGGGAUGGUGAAGUUGAAUAUUGGCGGUCUAUUUCCAGGAUUGAGUCCACAAGUUCUUGACGUUUCAGUUUUCUUUGUUUGACAUAAUGAGCAUUGUAAGAAAUUAUUUCCCCAUAAUACAACUUUGAAAGUCUCCCAAAGAAGAGAGGGGGAGGUGUUGUCAUUUUUAUUAGUUUGAAUUAAUACAUCUGUUGGUUGAAAUAAAGUCACAGAAUUCUUUGUUAGACAAUAGGGCCGUGUUAAAUCUCCAAUUCAACUGUUUUUUUGCGUUCGGAGAAAGAGCUAAGUCCAGAAUGUGAGGGGAAUGGUCCGAAAUUACUAUAGCAGAAUAUUCUGUUGUUUUAACUGAGGGAGAAGGGCUCUAUCUAACCGUAGUGCAACUGCUUACCAACCAAACCGUAGCCAUACUGUAACAAUUCACCAACCAUACUGCAACCAAACCAGCAAUUACUCGCCUACCAUACCGCAACCCCUAACAAACCACACCACAGCCAUACUGCAACUACUGACCAACCAUACUGUAAUUACUCACUAACCACAUUGUAGCCAUGAUGUAACUACUCACCAACCAUACUGUAAUUACUCACCAAUCAUACUGCAACCACUCAUAGCUGAGAAGUACAGCUACUCACCCAAAUCAUCUGACUGUUAACAAUGGCCGUUAACAAAGAUACAGCCAUAUACCAACCACGCAGCAACCAUUAUUAACCCCUGCCAAAACGCAUGCCACCACUAUACCUUAAUCACAAGCUAUUAUAUUGACCUAUCAAGUGGUGGUGUCACGCUCUGACCCUUCCUCCUGCUGUAUUUCCCAGGAACUGAACGAGAACCAGUUGACCCCCAAGCGGGAGAAGCAGGAGUGGCUGGUGCAUCAGAAGGAGUGUCUCCAGCAGCUGCAGGCGGAAGAGGAGGCGGGGCUCCUGCGCCGCCAGAGGCAGUACUACGAGUUGCAGUGUCGCCAGUACAAGAGGAAGAUGCUGCUGGCGCGCCACAACCUGGAGCAGGACCUACUCCGAGAGGUAUAGUACUUCAACAGUACCCAUAACAAAUAAAUAUUUCAGGUGACCUAGCAAUAGAGCUGUUUCAGAGUUCCACAAGGCUCUGGUCUCGGACUACUACUCUUCUCAUUAUAUAAUAUAUAUAAGGGUUAAAGUUCUCCGUCACUGCGACUGAUUUUUUUUAGUUGAUUAGAUAGAUUUUUUUAUUAGAUUUUUUUUCAAUGUUGAAAAGGACUGGAAUUGGUCAAACGCGCUGUUUAAUACAUGUACAAAAUGAUCCUCUGUCCCUAAAAGCAUGAUGGUCAUAACCUCGGUUUCAUGUAAAAAAAAGUUAACUUGGCCCCAGACAAUCGAUAUGAGAUCGACUUAAGUUUCAGUCAUGGGAUUUGUUUUUUCUUUAACCCCGAUAUAAUGCUACCUCUGUGAUGUUAUAUAGUACAGCACUAAUGCCUAAUACCCCAACAGGCAAAAAUGACAUAUUUGGGUUGUUAUCUGGUCAGAUUCUCUCCAUAUGUCUUUCUCUACCCUCAUCCAUUUCUCUCUCCUUUCUUCCUUCUCCAUCCAGGACCUGAACAAGAAGCAGACGCUGAAGGACCUGGAGUGCGCAAUGCUGCUGCGCCACCACGAGUCCACCCAGGAGAUGGAGUUCCGGCAGCUGGGCUCGGUGCAGCGCACGCGGGCCGACCUGAUCCGCACCCAGCACCAGACGGAGCUCACCAAUCAGAUGGAGUACAACAAGCGACGCGAGCAGGAGCUGAGGCAGAAGCACGCCGUGGAGGUCCGCCAGCAGCCCAAAAGCCUCAAAGUGAGUGAGAGCGAGACCCCCAGUACCCAGAACCAGCCACCUCCAGAGGAGGAGGACAGGGGGGACGAGGGCCAGGAGACAGGGGGGCAAAGGGGAGCCCAGGCUGGGGCUGAGGGGGUGGAAGAGGUGGGAGUAUGUGAAACCAAAGAGGAAAUGAAGGAGGGAAACGAAGCAGAGGUUAGGAAAGGUUUUGAAGGAGGGAUUGAAAAGGUGGUGAGAGACCAAAGUGGAGAUGGAGAGAUUGAGAAGGGAGAAGAGGAGGAGGUGGGGGAUGAGGUUUGCUCCAGUGUAGAAACAAAGGUUGAAGUAGAGGAGGAGGAGAAGAGCGAGAAAAGCGAAUAUGACGAGGGUCAAGAAGUUGAGGAGUGGAAAGCGGGGGAGGGAGAAGGAGAGCUAAGGCAGGUGGAGGGAGUGCAGUGGGGGGAGAGGGAUGAGGAAGACGAAGCGAGAUACGUUCUCGAUGAUGACGAUGAGGAGGAGGAUAGGGGCGUGGCAGACGGCUGUCCGUCUGAGCAUUUCUCCUCCCCAUCCCUGGAACGGAAGCGUGUCCGCGAGCAGCGCAAGGCGGACGAACUCUCUGAGUUCUACUUCCCCGACACCCUUGAGGAACUCGAGCCUCUUCACCUCUCUGCCCCUCCCCCUUCUCCGCCCCCCGUCCCCUCUUCCUUUCCCUCCCUCUUCUCUCAUUCCAUCUGCCUCCUCCUCUCUCUCUCUGCCGCCGUCCAGCCCUCCAACCUCACCUUCCUCCUACUCUCAGUCUUCCUCCUCUCCCUUCGUCGCUCUCCCCCUCUCCCCUCGCUGGCCUCCCUCCUCCUCUCGGGCGAGCUCGCCCUCCUCGCCCUCUUCUUCUCCUACCUCUUCCUCCGCUCCUGCUGCUCCCUCUCUCUCUCCACCUACCUGUCCCUCACUCUGUGGGCAUGCGGCCUCUUCAGCCUGGGCCUCUCGCUGAGCCUGGGUCUCUAUUACGUCCCCGUGGCCCUGAUCUCUGCCUCCUUCCUCAGCUCGCCGUCCCUCUUCCUCUCCCUCUACCUUGUGGUGGUGCUGGUGGUGCGGCCGGCACGCGUCUUCCUACAAAACGCCCCCCGUAAACUCAACCGUCUGUGGAUGAGGUUCCUCUUUCGCCUCCCCCGCCCACUCUUCAACAUCUGCCAGUCUCUCUUUGGGGGCCUGGCGGAGCGCAGCCUCUAUGACAUGUUCCCCAAGGCCGGGCGCAACUGGGGCGGGCGCCAGUCCAAAAUCCCUGUGCCCCUAAAGAGCCUGCCCUUAGAGCGCCUGGCGGGCAGGGGCCACGAUGGCUCGCCCCUUGCCACGUGCCUCCUCUGGGUCAGGCGUUUUGUCAGACGGCCCCUAGGGGUCCUCGCCGACCUGGCCAACUCGGUCGUGCUAAGGCUAGCUAGCAGGGUCCUUAAAGAGCUGCCCCCGGAGUGCCUGAGCAGACUUCGUACAUUCGGUCUGCUGAGAGUGGAGAAACCUAGCAGGCUGCCCAGGCUACUGCCUAGGGAGAUCAGAGAGCAGAAACAGAAGGAGAGGAGGAAGAGCGAGAGGGAGAGGCAAAGAAGGGAGGAGAGAGAGUGUAUUUUCAGAGAUGAGGGAAGGUGGGAAUGCGGGUUGAGACGAACAUCAUCUGGGCGGAGUGUGAGGGGUAAAGUGCGACCAUGGAGAUAGUAAGAGAGGGAGAGAGUUAGGGAGUUGGAUAGUGUGUGUGCAUUCCAUCGAUCACUGUCUGACCAUCAUGUGCGUUUGUUUCCUGACUCGCACGGUUUUGGGGUCCAUUUUCAACCCUCCCAAAGAUAGGUAUACCUAUGAUGCACACAACCUAACACUGUGUUGCAUUGACUGGAAUGUAAUUGGCAGUUUUAAUGUACUGUAUUGCCAAAAGCAUCCAGCAACUCCUGUCAUGUCACUGUCUUAUACCCCAUUGAAGUUUCACCGUUUGUCACUCACUAUUGUGCUUUUUGUAAAAGUUUAAAUGUUUUCUUUAUUUUGUUCUUAAUUCGUAAGACAAUAUGUUUAUGGUUAUUGCUGAGACCAUGUUUGUGCAAUCUAUUCUUGUGUUUUUAUGGACUUUUUAAGAUUUCAAGUCUUUUUAGUGCACUGUUCACGCACAUUGAAUUUGUCAGUGGAUAGUGGUUAUCAUCAAUGGCCACUAUUGAUAGAUAUUAUUGGCUGUGGAUUGUCCACAAAUCAAGCAUUUCAACCCAUUUAUAAUCCUAAAUGACUGUGAAAGUAGAAGUAGGCCUACAUCUGGAUAAUUUCACAUAACCGCCCCCAUAAAACACUACUAGGUCAUUAAUAUAGUGCAAUAAAUAUUCAACCACGCAGAAACUUCCAGAACAAGGUUGCUUCAAUCCACAAAGCGAACUGUAAUACAUUAAUGUUAUGUACAAGCUUACAUACAUAAUGUGUUUAAUACGUAAAACUUGACGAAUACGCUAAACUGUGAAAUAAUUUCCCAAAAUGUGUUUUUGUUCUUAAAAUCCAGUACUGUACCUCUAUCAGUCAUCCGAAUAUAGGAUACAAUAUUCAAUAUUAUUAUACCCAAUUAUCAGUUAGCCAAUGUUUUGAGAUAUUGUAUUUGGCCGGGUCGACUUUGGCUGUCAAUUUAGUGAGAUAUAUUAGAUAUUUAGUUAGUAUUUCUCAUUGAGAAGAGUUGAUAGUUUGAUAGUAAGACCCCAAACGUGAACACGUAGAGAGCAGUGGAAGCUGGUGAAAUGGUUAUUACCGUUAUUACAGAGUUAUUACAUUUCAGCGUCUAAUUAAGUAGAUUGAUUAUUCAUUAUUGUGCUAUUGGCAAUAAUCUUAUAUAACGAAUGAUUUACCAUGUAAACAUUGUUUUUCUCAUUCUCCUAAAUUAAGAUACAGCGGUUGUCUGAAUGACUGUUCUGUUAUACAGCCAGAGAGGUUAGGCUACCUCCAUAUCUGCAAAAAAAAGUAUUAUAUCGUUUUUGUUCAUUUUAGGACUAUACCUUUUUAAUAUUAUUUUAUUGCUGUUUAAUUGGGAUAUUGGUUAAAAUGUGUUUUAAAGCCAUAAAGACUUAAGUCCAAAGGUUGAGGGAACCACUGAAUGUGAGAGAAAUGCAAUACUCAACGAAGAAAUUGACAAUCGUUCAAAUUGGUCAAAGGGUUUUAACUAGUCUAAAACGAUGCAAACAUAUUUCUUCCAAAAAGAGCUGAAAAUUGACUGGCCCCUCCCUCGACUUUGAAUACUAGUCAGUUUGUCACGCAAAUUAUAUUGAAUUAUGUUAUGUAUCCAAUGAUAGAUAGAUAGAUAGAUAUAUAUAUAUAUAUCAAGUGAAUGUUGAUAUAGAUCUAUCUUAUCUAUAUACACAAAAUAUACAAAGUAUGUGGACACCCCUUCAAAUGAGUGGAUUCGGCUAUUUCAGCCACACCCAUUGCUGACAGAUUUAUAAAAUCGAGCACACAGCCAUGCAAUCUCCAUAGACAAACAUUGGUAGUAGAAUGGCCUUAGAGCUCAGUGACUUUCAUCGUGGCACCGUCAUAGGAUGCCACCUUUCAAACCAUUCAACAUGUAGCGUUAAGAUUUCCCUUCACUGGAACUAAGGGGCCUAGCCCGAACCAUGAAAAACAGCCCCAGACCAUUAUUCCGCCUCCAUCACACUUUACAGUUGGCACUAUGCAUUGGGUCAGGUAGCGUUCUCCUGGCAUCCGCCAAACCCAGAUUCGUCCGUCGGACUGCCAGAUGGUGAAGCGUGAUUAAUCACUCCAGAGAAUGCGUUUCCACUGCUCCAGAGUCCAAUGGAAGGGGUGUCCACAUACAAAAAAAGUAUUAUUAUACUUAACUACAUUGAAUUGAUUGCUUGGUCACCCGUCCAUUGAGUUGCAACCGGUUGUUUAAAUGGGCAGUUGGCUAUUGAAGAAGAGCCAGGGUAGAUGGAGGGCUAAUUUAGAAGGAUACAAAUUUCAGUAAAAAUGUUUGCAAAGAAGAGAUUCUUAAUUAAAAUAUAUCUAUCUACCUGGGAGGUCAGGGGAAAUGUACUUUGAAGUGCAGGAAUACUACUUUAAAUGCAGGUCACCCAGAAAAUAGUCCCCUGCAUUUUACAGGUGAGCCAUUGAGGUGGAAGGGUAUUAUUGAGUGUGACGCGGCAGGAGGCACACUCCCCCUCUCCUGCACUGUAUUCUAACACAAAGAAAACUAGGGUGUUGCUUUCUGGAUGACUUGCAUUGGAGGGAGAGUUGGCGAAUCCCUAAUCCCCUUUUUGAAGGGUGAUGUAUAUUACAUUGUAUUCUGGCUUUAAAAAUAGGCAUAUCUUGUGUGCAGUUUUUCACCCCUUGUUAUUUUGUGAAUGUAAUUUAUGGUUUCAAAUUAUUUCUGUGUCAGUAUAUUUGUCUUAUUUUUGUAUGUUUACUUUUGUUCUAUGUUUGUGUGUUAGAAUUUCCAGAGUUUAUUUGAAUAUUGAAUAUAUGCAGUAUUUAUAAGGUUAGUACUGCAUUCUGUGUGUUGGGCCAGUAACCGAAAGAACGCUGGUUCAAAUCCCUGAGCCGACAAGGUGAAAAAUCUGUCUGUGCCGUUGAGCAAGGCACUUAACCCUAAUUGCUCCUGUAAGUCGCUCUGGAUAAGAACGUCUGCUAGAUGACAAAAAUGUAAAUGUGUUCGGCAGCCAUUUUUUGUUUGCAUUUCAUCCUUAUUGUGAGUGCAUGAGUGGUGUAUUGUAUGUGUGUAAGUAUACGCAGCAUUUUGGCAUAUUUACAGGGGUUUUAUCUCCACACAGAAAUAAAUUAUUAUUUUGUUAAUCAUUUUGUCUUGUUCAUUUUUAUGAUUUACAUCUUUGUUUUCAUUAUUUCCUUAUUGUUAUCAUUUACCAUCAUUUCCAUAUCUUUAUUUAUUCAUUCAAUCAGUUCAUCAGUCUUUUACCAAACAUGGAGAAAAAUAGUUGAACCUAAGUUAAGUAUUCCGGAUUUACAUUCAUCCUCACUCAUUUUGUCAUCACAUAACUUUUAUUUUUGUCAUCCUCUGUUCUCCCUGUCCCUGCAUCCACCUCCAACAUGAAUAAAAUAAGUCAAAUUUUGUUUUGGCACGGAACACCUUGUAGAGCUGGGACGAUAAACUGAAAAUUAUCGACACCGACCAUAUCGAUCACUUAUCGCAGGCAUUUUGCUGAUAUCGUUCAUUACGAUAAGUUGCCUAUAUUAGAGAAAUGUGAUUUGAAAUGAAAUACGUUUGCUAUUAUGGGUGAUUGUUAAUGGGAAAAUGGAUUGCUACAACCAUCAAACUAGUAGUUGAAAGGAUCUUUUAUUUUAAUUGUUUUACUGUGGUGCACAUUGUUAUAAACGUAUGGUUCUAUUUAUCAUUAUCGCAUCAAUUCAGGCAAUUUAUUACGAUAUGGAUUUUUGUCCAUAUUGCCCAGCUCUAACACCAUGGCUACGUCCCAGUUAUCUCUCCUCUCUUCCAAAGUGUAGAUGUAAAUUACUAGUAUAAGAAAUAUGGUGGAAAUGCCCUUGAUCCCAUGCCACCCUGCAAUCCAAUGCGUUUAGAUUUGUGGGAAGUAGUGAACGAGUGUACACUUCAGGAGAAAGGAGAUAUUAUUGGGACGCACCCAGUAUAUCUGAAUUCCAAAUCGACCCUAGCCUUUACACCCUAGGUUUAGGCACCCAUUUAGAUCUGAGAGGAUUGGAUAGAUGUAAGCAAUAUGGAGUUUUUACAACAUUGCUUCAAUCUAUCCUAUCCUCAGACCUACAAUGGCUACGGAGUAGGAGCUAGGGAUCGAUUUGGAACUGAGAAUAUACAGUUGAAGUCGGAAGUUUACGUACACUUAGGUUGGAGUCAUUAAAACUUGUUUUUCAACCACUCCACAAAUUUCUUGUUAACAAACUAUAGUUUUGGCAAGUCGGUUAGGACAUCUACUUUAUGCAUGACACAAGUAAUUUUUCCAACAAUUGUUUACAGACAGAUUAUUUCACUUAUAAUUCACUGUAUCACAAUUCCAGUGGGUCAGAAGUUGACUGUGCCUUUUUAAAGAGCUUGGAAAAUUCCAGAAAAUGAUGUUAUGGCUUUAGAUGCUUCUGAUAGGUCCUCUGUAGCUCAAUUGGUAGAGCAUGGCGCUUGUAACCCCGGGGUAGUGGGUUCGAUCCCCGGGACCACCCAUACGUAAAAAUGUAUGCGCACAUGUCUGUAAGUCGCUUUGGAUAAAAGCGUCUGCUAAAUGGCAUAUUAAUUGGAGGUGUACCUGUGGUUGUAUUUCAAGGCCUACCUUCAAACUCAGUGCCUCUUUGCUUGACAUCAUGGGAAAAUCAAAAUAAAUCAUCCAAGACCUCAGAAAAAACAUUGUAGACCACCACAAGUCUGGUUCAUCCUUGGGAGCAAUUUCCAAAUGCUUUAAGGUACCACAUUCAUCUGUUCAAACAAUAGUACGCAAGUAUAAACACCAUGGGACCACGCAGCCGUCAUACUGCUCAGGAAGGAGACGCGUUCUGUCUCCUAGAGAUUAAUGUACUUUGGUGCGAAAAGUGCAAAUAAAUCCCAGAACAACAGCAAAGGACCUUGUGAAGAUGCUGGAGGAAACAGGUACAAAAGUAUCUACAGUAAAAUGAGUCCUAUAUCGACAUAACCUGAAAGGCCGCUCAGCAAGAAAAAAAAAAAAAGUCACUGCUCCAAAACCACCAUAAAAAAGCCAGACUACAGUUUGCAACUGCACAUGGGGACAAAGAUAGUACUUUUUGGAGAAAUGUCCUCUGGUCUGAUGAAACAAAAAUAGAACUGUUUGGCCAUAAUGACCAUCGUUAUGUUUGGAGGAAAAAGGGGAGUAUUGCAAGCCAAAGAACACCAUCCCAACCGUGAAGCACGAGGGUAGCAGCAUAAUGCCGUGGGGGUGCUUUGCUGCAGGAGAGACUGGUGCACUUUACAAAAUAGAUGGCAUCAUGAGGAAGGAAAAUUAUGUGGAUAUAUUGAAGCAACAUCUCAAGACAUCAGUCAGGAAGUUAAAGCUUGGUCGCAAAUGGGUCUUCCAAAUGGACAAUGACCCCAAGCAUACUUCCAAAGUUGUGGCAAAAUGGCUUAAGGACAACAAAGUCAAGGUAUUGGAGUGACCAUCACAAAGCCCUGACCUCAAUCCUAUAGAAAAUCUGUGGGCAGAACUGAAAAUGCGUGUGCGAGCAAGGAGGCCUACAAACCUGACUCAGUUACACCAGCUCUGUCAGGAGGAAUGGGCCAAAAUUCACCCAACUUAUUGUGGGAAGCUUGUGGAAGGCUACACAAAAUGUUUGACCCAAGUUAAACAAUUUAAAGGCAAUGAUACCAAAUACUAAUUGAGUGUAUGUAAACUUCUGACCCACUGGGAAUGUGAUGAAAUAAAGAAAAGCUGAAAUAAAUCACUCUCUACUAUUAUUCUGACAUUUCACAUUCUUAAAAUAAAGUGGUGAUCCUAACUGACCUAAGACAGGGGAUUUUUACUAGGAUUAAAUGUCAGGACUUGUGAAAAACUGAGUUUAAAUGUAUUUGGCUAAGGUGUAUGUAAACUUCCGACAUUUAUUGUGACUUUGUUUAUUCUUAUGUGGGGGAGUGGUUACGAAAAUGUUAGUCAAUAGGAGUUGGGUUAUGGUUUGCAAUUGGUGAUCAGCAAUACCUUGAGCCAACUAGGGGUAGGCAGUCAAUUCUGAAAAUAAAUUGAAAUUCAACAAAUUUAUUAAACAGUAUUUAUCGGAAUAGGAAGCAGUGGGCAAUGAUCAAUUUGUUGACCAAAUUAUUAAUCAGGACAUCCUGAUUUGAUAUGGAGCAUACAGUACCUAGAAUGGGGUGAGGACUAGGAGAUGCAAGAUCAAGCUAAUGCCCUUUUCAGCUGAAGUUGUCACUUAUUAUACUCAGACUUAACCCUCAAGGACAUUUUAAGAAAUGUCUGACAACUUAAGCGGAUAUGAGAAGUUGUAGUCCUGUGUAGCUCAGUUGGUAGAGCAUGGAGCUUGCAACGCCAUGGUUGUGGGUUUGAUUCCCAUGGAGGACUAGUAUGAAAAUGUAUUCACUCACUACUCUAAAAUGUCAAAUGUAUUGCAGGUAAGUGUAAUGCGAAAUAUUCAUGAGAAGACCCCGCUUUCAUCCAACUGAUGUCUCAUGGUAUCUUGUAGGAAUACAUGACUGUCUUUCUCACAAUAAGUGAACAGAACACCUAUUGAAUUGAUGGUGAAUAGGAAUAACGAAAUGGUUGUACACAUACCCCGCCUCCCAGCCCCACCCCAUUUGAAAAAUAAUUGAGGAAUGCACGUCCUAUUAUAGAUAAUAACCAUUUAUGAACGUACAACUUUCAUUUGCAUAUGUUUGAUACCGUUCUGUUUGAUACUGUUCCAUUCAUUCCCAGUCAGACAUUACAAGGAGUUUUUCCCAAUACUGCCUCCACCAAUGCAUACAUAGGAUUUAAAUCAGGGGGGAAGGAUUGCGACAUGGUAUACAGUAGGCAGCCAUUCAGUAGAUGUACUUAUUUCUUAACUACCAUGGAAAAGCAAGUGAUUGUGGGGUCACUUCCACCUCGUAAAAAUCCAAAUGCACACUCCACAGCCCUAUAUAGCCUAUACACAUAUUGGAUCUUCACAUAUUCAAAUGAACACAUUCAAGCACAUCAGCCAAAACCGUUGUCUCGUUCUCUCUUUCUGUAUUGCUAAGGAGACAACCAGGACACCAUUACGUUAGCCUCAGAACAUCUUUACAAAGCCUUUUAUCUCAAUUCAUCUUUCAUCGAUUCCUCACAUCCUGUCCUUGCCUCCUUCUCAAAACCCAUUGGAGAAGUAGGUCAGAGGGGAGGUAGCUAGGAAUUACAAUACAUUUGAGAAGGAGGCAAGGAAAUAGGAUGUGAUGAAUCACAGAAAGACAAAUUGAGAAAGAGGCUAAGAUAACCUGAUAUGUUACAAACAAAACAUUAUGGGUACUGUAGUACAUCAUGCCACACUCUCUCUCAUCCAGUCCAAAGAACUCCAGAUCAAGCGUCAGUUCCAGGACACGUGCAAGAUCCAGACGCGCCAGUACAAGGCCCUGCGCAACCACUUGCUGGAGAACACGCCCAAGUCGGACCACAAGGCGGUGCUCAAGCGCCUGAAGGAUGAGCAGACACGUAAGCUGGCCAUCCUGGCUGAGCAGUACGACCACUCCAUCAAUGACAUGCUGUCCACACAGGCUGUGAGUAAUGCAAGAAUAUGUUGUUCACUCUUUGCACCGCACCACCAACCCACCGUAGCGCCUUACCCACCCCUGCCUGGGCAUGUGAGGGCAUGCGAGCCAGCUGCCUGCACUCCUGACUGUCCCCGGACUUGACAUCAUCACACCGCUUUCUUUGUCCUCACUUAAGUGUUAUGAUACCCUCUCGGCACUUGGCUAGCAAGCUACACCCUUUCUCUCCGUAGUUGACUAAUAGUACCGCUUCUAAAAAAAUAUGCCAUUCCCCCUGCCCUGGGUCUGACUGUCCUUGCAUGGCACAACAUGGGCCUGUUCAGAGGAUGUAGCGUUACAGAACGUUCAGAUAGAAAUGUAUCAUAUAGAACAGACAUUUUGGUCAGAUAGAAUAGGGGAAUUGUGUCAGCUCUAUUCAUUUUAUUUAUAUCUGCAACGUUGCACCUGAGAUGGUAGAGAAAGCGAGACAUCUCACUGGCAAAAUUAAUAAGUAUACCAGAGCCAGCUGUUAUUGGACAGUUUCCCAUUGAAAAAUAUGUCUAUUUAAGUGGGCAUUUCCUCUCUCGCGUGAGCAUGCCAGAGAUUAUGGAGGAACCGCGAGCUCACGCGGGAAAGCAUGCUCACGCAAGAGAGGGAAUGCCUACUUACACAGACCGGAACCUUGACAAUGUUUUCCAAUGGUAAACUGCCUGAGUAAGACAUUUAUCCACUAUCUUUGGUUACACCCCAUACCUACUAGAACAGCAGGUCCGCAAUCAGCAGGGCACAACGUUGUGGAAUAUUCAGAUAUAAAUAUAUGAUGGAGAACAAAUACUCCUCUCUGACAUGAAGAAAAAGGAAUCCUGUCAGCUCUAUUCAUGACAUUUCUAUUUAACGUUCCACAGCUUUGCACCCUCCUGAACAGACCCCAGUUACGUGCAUCUGUUAGGUCCUCACGUAGCACCAACACACGUCCAAGACACUCAAGUAAGCCAAACCCCCUUUUUCUGUCCCUACACGACACCACAUCUGCUGGCACACAGAAAGUUACAUAACAUCUCUUGUGUCUCCGAAUAGCACCGCCUCACAUCCACAGGCACAGAUCUGCCAUAUGUCAUGUACUCAUGUAACACCUCACAUAGGCCACACACACCCCUGUCCCUAUCCUCACCACACUCCUCCACUUGUAGGCUACUAGCCAAAUGCCUAUUCACAUUGUUACAAGCUAUACCCAGCUCUAUACAGUCUCUACUGUUUCUAUACUAUCUCUACUGUAUCACUAUCAUCAAUACCACAGCAUGUAUCAAACAAACUACGACACCCUAUUCAUGUCACACAAUACCACACUGUUAUUUCCCCAUCACACACUCAUGGAAAGAAGUGGGGGGCGCUCAACCAUCACACACUCAACCACAUUCAAUCGGAGCAAACCACUACCUCAUCAAUAAUAUUUACCCAAAACAUUUCCAUUUAGUAACUAACACACCUCCCUCACACUAAGAUACACAUCCCCUUCCUAUACGCCACACCCCCUGAUCUGUCCCUCUGUCACCCUAUGCCUAAGUACGGGAGGAACUCCCUUUUCCACUUCCUCCACCUAUUUUUAUGCUGACGCCCCACCUUAUUUGCCACUCUGUCUCCAGCUCCGAUUGGAUGAGACGCAGGAGGCGGAGUAUCAGGUGCUGCGGAUCCAGCUGCAGCAAGAGUUGGAGCUGCUCAACGCCUACCAGAGUAAGAUCAAGAUCCACACCGACUCGCAGCAUGAGCGGGAGGCCAAGGACCUGGAGCAGAGGGUGUCCAUCCGCCGGGCACUGCUGGAGCAGAGGGUAGGUGUAGGGUGAAGUUGCCCCUAAACUCUGAUCUGGGGUCAGUUUUGCCUUUCCCCCGCUAAUGGUUAGAGUUCGGGGAGGGGAAACUGAUCCUAGAUCACCCUGGAGCAAGGGGUGGAGAGAUACAGCUGGUCCCAAAUCUCUCCCUAUCCCUCCCCUUAGCCCUAACCCUAGCAUGUAUGUGGGGUCUGGAUAGAUAUAACUAGUGAAGUGGAGGAGCUUCCACCAUAUAGCUUUCACCUUACAGAUUUGCACACAUCAAAGGGUUAGGGAGCGAAUUGGGACUGACAGAGAGUAUGGUUUCAUUACAAAUCGACCACCUAGCCCUAGACUUUUGUCUUGGAUGUUAAAAGAUGUCUUGGAUGUUUGUCCAAAAUCUAAAUCCAAGAUUACAUAUCUGGCCCAUUGAAAAAUGCCAAGAAUUUAUACCAAACUCUAGCCCCACUACAUUCUAGGCACUCCUGUAGAUAUGACCGAAUUGGAUAGGUGGAAGCAAUAAUGCAACCAAUCAGAGGCUAUUACCAGAAUGCUUAUAUCUAUCCAGUCCUCUCAGAUCCAAUCCUCUCAGUUCUACAGGAGUGCCUAGGCCGGUUUGUGAUUACAUUUUUGGACUUUUGGAAUGGGCCAGAUAUGUAACUACUGUAUGUAGCGAUUUCAGUGGCAACAGAAAUUGUAUUUGAAUUCCAUCAUUUUUAUUUGCAUGAGGAUAUAGCAUUUUUAUUUAAUAUUUUUGAAUUUGUACUGCACAAAUUGAACUUGUAUUUUCAUUAUUUGAAACUGAAUUGAAUGAAUAUUGCAUUCAGUUUUAAAAUUCAAUUUCAAUUUAAUUGAAUAUUCAAGUUCAAUAUUAAGUUUCAAUCAGAGUAUGUGAGCGAGUUGAUGAGCGGUCGGAAAUCCAGCUCAUCGCUCAUGGAGCUUGCACACUGCUCCGGCACUCCACGUCCUGCUCCAAGUCCUUUCCAACCGCUCCGCAAAAAACUGCUCCUUGCUCAAAGGAAAAAAAAACAGCCAUCCAAAUUCGCUCCAUUCAUUAAAAUCACAAUUUAACCAACACACAUCUAUUUCUGUGACUAUCUGGACCUACUGUACCAUUUUGUUUUGAAGUAUUGAAACCAAACCAUAUGAUUUGAAUGAAAACAGGAAAAGGUGACUGUAAGAAGCGCUCAUCAUUUCAAAUAGGCCACAUGUCACAUUAAACAGCAUAUAAACACUCUAAAUAGGUCAGCAGCCAGACAGGUAGCCUAAGAAGGAGUGAAAAUGAAUUAUUUUGUCUAUAUUAUUUCAAGGCUAUAGCCUGCAAAUACAUAAAUUGUGAAGCUUUUUGCAUGUGCGACACACUAGGCUGGCAGGGACAUUAAGCGCUCUGCAUAUUAUGUAAUGGCAAAAUGUAGAUUCCCGCCUAAAUAGACAUACCCAAAAGUAACUGCUAUUCAUGUGUAAUCACAUGAUUCUGACAUAAAUAACUUGGUAUAUUUGGAAAGAAGACAUCUGUGAGAUUAUGAGAAAAUGAUCAGAUAGGAGUUACAUAGUUCAGAAUACACAAGAUCAAGCACACACAAAAUAACAGAUUUGUUAUUUUGAAAGUAAUCUUUCAUUGACAAGCUAUAAAUGAAUUAUUGAUGACUAGAGCUGGAAACACAUCAGAUGGCUUCCACAACAUGUGAACAAUAUAAAAAAAGGGAUUGAUAGACCUAACAACUAGAAAUGGCAGAUGUUUUAGUAAGUGGUGUCAGGUGUGGUCACGGGACGUUAACAAGUGUCCCUAAACCUCUCCAAAGUGGCAUAUGUCUGUAAAUUAGAUAAUUUCCAGUGCUAUUACAUAUUUUCAAUCACUAAAUGCCAUUUGUUCAGUAUAAAAACACAAUUUCUACCAUAUCAACCUCACUCAAACAUUGUGGUGGUGUUAUGGGGUAUCCAGGGUACAUUCAAGUGUCCUUUCAACCUCUCCAAAGUGUCUAAAUGUGGUAAUUGCACUGUUUUUGCACACUGGAUGUGCCUCUUGCUUUGUCCCACCCAGGUCAACUGCAUAUCCCUGGAAAGCUUAUCUCAUUGGCAACAAGACUGUCAAGGUGCCAUAGUAGCCAAUCCCCUGUGUAAUGGAUGCCUACAGCGCGUAAGCAGGCAACAUCAAAUGUUUUAUGCGCAAAGAUAGUCACUAGGUGGACAUUCGAUGUUGCCAUUAAGUCAUACAUCAUCUGAUAACAUUGGCAAUAGGCUAGAUUUGUUCCUACCAACCUAAGGAUUAAUUUGAUACCCCCCAUGUAGCUAUAGCUCAAACACAGACCAAAUCGAAGCUUACCUUGUAAGAUGUUUGCUGUUUGGUGAAAAUGUGUAAAAUAAACAUUUUGACUCUCGAGGUUGGUGAUCAAUAACGGUAGGUCACAGGCAGACAAAUAAGAUAUCCUCAUGAUCUGUGGAGUCCUGGCUUUCGGUGUGUAUCAACGUAUUCCAUGUUUAUUUCGUUUAUGCUUCACAACGUUAACCGGAAUGUAGGUAGCAGCCAUCUUGAAAUGAGGUCAUUGGCUCGGCCUGCCCUAAUAAAUUCGUAUGCCCAAAUUUGGUAGUAAGUCACACGAAAGAUUUGAAGGCACCGAUCAAUAGCCAAGAUACUGCUUUCCGCAGACACCCUGCUUUUGCAGAUAAGGGCUACUGUUCUCAUACCAGACUGAAUUUAAUAAAACAAAUCUAAUAGGGUCCCCAAAUAUGGGGACUUUACAUUUAAGAGGUACAACAUUUCGUUGUAUUAAAUCAUUAUAGUCUAUAAAUUGCACAUAUAGGCUGUGACUUAGAAUUAAAUACAAAUUAAACGUAAAAUGCCCUAUUAGGCUCCAUCUACAGUGCCUUUGAAUUCAUUUAUGAAACAUGAGUUUGGCCAGAGUCUGGGCUUCAGGCUCAUGCGAGAAUACCCUCUCAGCGCUUGCAGAGCCACUAGGGAUGCUAAACACACUUCGGGCCACUCUUGCCAGACUGGGCAGGGAUGCGUUUUUUUGUUGUUGUUGUUGUAGGUAGGACUAAAGGAUUUUAGGUUAAAUAACCCUAUCAAUCAAAACGGAAAGCUCCUUGAAAGAGGUAAUAUGCCAGGCCUAUUGGGCCAAAAUCCAUGAUGGCCUAUUGCAGUGCAUUCGGAAAGUAUUCAGACCCCUUGACUUUUUUCCACAUUUUGUUAUGUUAGUCUUAUUCUAAAAUGGAUCUAAAAAAAUUAAAAAAUUAAACUCAUCAAUGUACACACAAUACCCCAUAAUGACAAAGCAAAAACAGGUUUUUAGACAUUUAUGCAACAUCAACAAAAUAUAUUUAUGGACAUAUCACCUUUACAUAAGUAUACUGACCCUUUACUCAGUACUUUGUUGAAGCACCUUUGGUAGCGAUUACAGGCUAGAGUCUUCUUGGGUAUGACGCUACAAGCUUUGGGGAGUUUCUCCCAUUCUCUGCAGAGCCACUCAAGCUCUGUCAGGUUGGAUGGGCCACUGAAGGUCAUUCAGAGACUUGUCCCGAAGCCACUCCUGCGUUGUCUUGGCUGUGUGCUCAUUACCGAGUUCCAAACUGCCUCGGGAAGCAACGUCAGCACAAUAACUGUUCGUCAGGAGCUUCAUGAAAUGGGUUUCCAUGGCCAAACAGCCUCACACAAGCCUAAGAUCAUCAUGCUCAUUGCCAAGUGUCGGCUGGAGUGGUGUAAAGCUUGCCGCCAUUGGACUCUGGAGCAGUGGAAACGGGUUCUAUGGAGUGAUAAAUCACACUUCACCAGUCCAACGGCCAAAUCAGGGUUUGGCAGAUACCAGGAGAACGCUACCUGUCCCAAUGCAUAGUGCCAACUGUACAGUUUGGUGGAGGAGGAAUAAUGGUCUGGGGCUGUUUUUCAUGGUUCGGGCUAGGCCCCUUAGUUCCAGUGAAGGGAAAUCUUAACGCUACAGCAUACAAUAACAUUCUAGACGAUUCUGUGCUUCCAACUUUGUGGCAACAGUUUGGGGAAGGACCUUUCCUGUUCCAGCAUGACAAUGCCCCCGUGCACAAAGCGAGGUCCAUACAGAAAUACAUACAGAAAUGGUUUGUCAAGAUCGGUGUGGAAGAACUUGCCUGGCCUACAGAGUCCUGACCUCAACCCCAUCAAACACCUUUGGGAUGAAUUGGAACGCCGACUGCGAGCCAGGCCUAAUUGCCCAACAUCAGUCCCCGACCUCACUAAUGUUCUUGUGGCUGAAUGUAAGCAAGCCCCCGCAGCAAUGUUCCAACAUCUAGUGGAAAGCCUUCCGAGAAGAGUGGAGGCUGUUAUAGCAGCCAACGUGGGACCAACUCCAUAUUAAUACCCAUGAUAUUGGAAUGAGAUGUUCGUGCAGGUGUCCACAUACUUUUGAUCAUGUAGUGUACCAUAUUGAAUAUAAAUAUUGAAUUUGAAUAUUCAAUUAAAUUAAAUGUUCAUUUUAAAUGUUUCAAAUGAUGAAAUACAAGUUAAAUGUAUGAAUUCAAUUAUUCAAUUUGUGCAUUAAACAUUCAAAAAUAUUAAAUUAAAAUUCUAUAUCCUAAUAGUCAUUUAGCAGACGCUCUUAUCCAGAGCGACUUACAGGAGCAAUUAGGGUUAAGUGCCUUGCUCAAGGGCACAUCAACAGAUUUUUCACCUAGUCGGCUCGGGGAUUAGAACCAGCGACCUUUCGGUUACUGGCACAACGCUCUUAAACCCUAAGCUACCUGCCGCCCCAUCUACACACAAUACCCCAUAAUGACAAAGCAAAAACAGGUUUUUAGAAUUUUGCAAAUGUAUUCAAAAUUCAAAACUGAUAUCAAAUUUAUGUAAGUAUUCAGACCCUUUACUCAGUACGCUGUUGAAGUACCUUAGGUAGUGAUUUGGCAAACUCCAAGCAGGCUCUCAUGUGCCUUUUACUGAGGAGUGGCUUCCGUCUGGCCACUCUACCAUAAAGGCCUGAUUGGUGGAGUGCUGCAGAGAUGGUUGUCCUUCUGGAAGGUUUUCCCAUCUCCACAGGGGUACUCUGGAGUUCUGUCAGAGUGACCAUUGGGUUCUUGGUCACCUCCCUGACCAAGGCCCUUCUCCCCUUGAUUGCUCAGUUUGGCCAGGUGGUCAGCUCUAGGAAGAGUCUUGGUGUUUCCAAACUUCUUCCAUUUAAGAAUGAUGGAGGCCACUGUCUUCUUGGGGACCUUCAAUGCUGCAGAAAUGUUUUGGUACCCUUCCCCAGAUCUGUGCCUCGACACAAUCCUGUCUCGGAACUCUACGGACAAUUCCUAUGACCUCGUGGCUUUGCUCUGACAUGCACUGUCAACUGUGGGAUCUUAUAUAGACAGGUGUGUGCCUUUCCAAAUCAUGUCCAAUCAAUUGAAUUUACCACAGGUGGACUCCAAUCAAGUUGUAGCAACAUCUCAAGGAUGAUCAAUGGAAACAGGAUGCACCUGAGCUCAAUUUCGAGUCUCAUAGCAAAGGGUCUGAAUACUUAUGUAAAUAAUGUAUUUCUGUUUUAAUUUUAUUUGCAAAAAAAUCUAAAAACCUGUUUUCGCUUUGUCAUUAUGGGAUAUUGUGUGUAGAUUGAUGAGGAAAAUGUUUUAUUUAAUCAAUUUUAGAAUAAAGCUGUAACGUAACAAAAUGUGGAAAAAGUCAAGGAGUCUGAAUACUUUCCGAAUGCACCGUAACCUGGAUUUGUUUUUACAAACAUCCAAGACAUCUGUGUUUGUUUGUUUGCGUGUGUGCGUGUGUGUUUUUUUUGGUUUUACUAUCCUUGUGAGGACCAGAAGUCCUCACAAGGAUAGUAAAAAAAAAAAGGAACAUUCGGACUACUGGGGAUAUUUCGCCGGUCCCCACAAAGAAAAAUACACUGCUCAAAAAAAUAAAGGGAACACUAAAAUAACACAUCCUAGAUCUGAAUGAAUGAAAUAAUCUUAUUAAAUACUUUUUUCUUUACAUAGUUGAAUGUGCUGACAACAAAAUCACACAAAAAUUAUCAAUGGAAAUCAAAUUGAUCAACCCAUGGAGGUCUGGAUUUGGAGUCACCCUCAAAAUGAAAGUGGAAAACCACACUACAGGCUGAUCCAACUUUGAUGUAAUGUCCUUAAAACAAGUCAAAAUGAGGCUCAGUAGUGUGUGUGGCCUCCACGUGCCUGUAUGACCUCCCUACAACGCCUGGGCAUGCUCCUGAUGAGGUGAAGCAUCCGUCACCUCCUGGACAGUCUGUGGUGCAACGUGGCGUUGGUGGAUGGAGCGAGACAUGAUGUCUCAGAUGUGCUCAAUUGGAUUCAGGUCUGGGGAACGGGCGGUCCAUAGCAUCAAUGCCUUCCUCUUGCAGGAACUGCUGACACACUCCAGCCACAUGAGGUCUAGCAUUGUCUUGCAUUAGGAGGAACCCAGGGCCAACCGCACCAGCAUAUGGUCUCACAAGGGGUCUGAGGAUCUCAUCUCGGGACCUAAUGGCAGUCAGGCUACCUCUGGCAAGCACAUGGAGGGCUGUGCGGCCCUCCAAAGAAAUGCCACCCCACACCAUGACUGACCCACCACCAAACCGGUCAUGCUGGAGGAUGUUGCAGGCAGCAGAACAUUCUCCACGGCGUCUCCAGACUCUGUCACGUCUGUCACAUGUGCUCAGUGUGAACAGGUGCUUUCAUCUGUGAAGAGCACAGGGCGCCAGUGGCGAAUUUGCCAAUCUUGGUGCUCUCUGGCAAAUGCCAAACGUCCUGCACGGUGUUGGGCUGUAAGCACAACCCCCACCUGUGGAUGUCGGGCCCUCAUACCACCCUCAUGGAGUCUGUUUCUGACCGUUUGAGCAGACACAUGCACAUUUGUGGCCUGCUGGAGGUCAUUUUGCAGGGCUCUGGCAGUGCUCCUCCUGCUCCUCCUUGCACAAAGGCGGAGGUAGCAGUCCUUUUGCUGGGUUGUUGCCCUCCUACGGCCUCCUCCACGUCUCCUGAUGUACUGGCCUGUCUCCUGGUAGCGCCUCCAUGCUCUGGACAUUACGCUGACAGACACAGCAAACCUUCUUGCCACAGCUCGCAUUGAUGUGCCAUCCUGGAUGAGCUGCACUACCUGAGCCACUUGUGUGGGUUGUAGACUCCGUCUCAUGCUACCACUAGAGUGAAAGCACCGCCAGCAUUCAAAAGUGACCAAAACAUCAGCCAGGAAGCAUAGGAACUGAGAAGUGGUCUGUGGUCACCACCUGCAAAACCAGUCCUUUAUUGGGGGUGUCUUGCUAAUUGCCUAUAAUUUCCACCUGUUGUCUAUUCUAUUUGCACAACAGCAUGUGAAAUGUAUUGUCAAUCAGUGUUGCUUCCUAAGUGGACAGUUUGAUUUCACAGAAGUGUGAAUGACUUGGAGUUACAUUGUGUUGUUUAAGUGUUCCCUUUAUUUUUUUGAGCAGUGUACUAUUUUAGGCUUAGGGGCUAGGGUUAGGGUUACAAUUAGGAUUAGGAGUUAGGUUUAGGGGUUUCAGAUUAAGGUUAGGGUUAGGUUUAGGGGUUAGGGAAAAUAGGAUUUUGAAUGACAAUCACUUUUUUGGUCCCCACAAGGAUAGUAAAACAAAUGUGUGUCUGUAUUUGUGUGUUUAUCAGUGUUUUCUCACGUUCAACAGUUCUGUGACCUUGUUCCCCCUAUUACCCACAGAUUGAGGAGGAGAUGCUGUCUCUUCAGAAUGAGCGCUCUGAGCGCAUCCGCACCCUCCUGGAGCGGCAGGCCUGUGAGAUCGAGUCCUUUGACUCUGAGAGCCUCCGUCUGGGUUUCAGCAACAUGGCCCUCACGGGCAUCCCCAGCGAGGCCUACCCCAAGCAGGGCUACACCAACGCCCCACCAGGGUUCCGCUCCGGUGGGGGCCACUGGAGCCAUGGCAUGCACGCCCAGCCCCAGCCGCACUCGCGCCGCAGCCACAACAGUAGUAGCGGUGGAGGGGGUGGGGGUGGUGGAGGGGGGAGCAGAGGGGAGUCUUCUUCUUCUCACGGCAUGGCUCUGGGGUUGGGUCUGGGGAGGGAUGGGAGGGAGGUGCAUCCUUCAUCUCGUUCGUCAGCCUCUUCUUCCUCUUCCUCCUCCCAACAACACCACCACCGUCAUCACCUGCCGCAGCACUACCACCACCAAAGCACGCCCCAGCUCUACCGGGAGCGGGAAAGGGAUAGAGAGAGGGAGCGGGAGAAGGAGAGGGACAGGGAGUGGGCCGGGGUCCGAGGCGGCGGCGACCUGGCCCACCCGCAGCACCCCCACCCCUUCUCCCACAACCUGCCCUCUCGCUCCUCCUCUCAGUCCCUGGCCCUGCUGCCGCCGCCGCCCCCCACGCCCCCCUCUAUCUCGGGGCCCUCCUCGCAGGGAGGGGUGUAUGGCGGGGGGCUGGUCGUCAGGGGCGGUCCCAGCCUCAUGGCCCUGAGGAACAGCCCCCAGCCGCUGAGGAGGACGGCAUCCGGAGGGGGACCCGGCGGGGCGGGUGGAGGCGAUGGGGUGCUGAGCCGCAGCACCUCGGUCACCUCGCACAUCUCCAACGGCUCCCACCUCUCCUACUCCUAA